GCUUCAGAAAAUGACGUUGCAUUUACAUUUGAUUAUGUACCCGUUAUCAUACAGGAGUUACUCCUGCUUUCUCACAAGCUAAUCGGUGCCUUGAAAAUAAGUUGUAACACCACUGCUACUGAAACAAUUGCAUUUCAACACGUUAUUGAUAAAACAAACAAAAAAAAGACGACGACAAUAAGGCUUUCUGGAUCAUUCUCUAACGGUCUGAAUGAAGAUAAGAGACCCAGCCCUACCAGUUUGGUAUCAACCCCAAAGGAGAACAGUGACAGUUUCAUGAAGAAGUGAAAGGUCCUUUGGAGGUAUCAUCAGCCUCAUCAAUGAGAUUCUAGAAUUCGAAACCUAGUUCCAUCUUUCCAUCAUGGGAGUUCUGCGAUCAUUCACGUUUUCAUUGCUGCUCUGUGGCCUGAUUGGAAACACUACGUGCUCCUGUAAUGUGACGGACUGCUUCACAGACUACAUCAGCUCAUUGAGCUGCUUCUGCACCGGUGCCCUGCCUUCCUCCCAGUAUGAGCUGCUAACUCAGUGGGAUAACUACCUGUGGAAUUCAAGCUGUAAACUGGAGCCUGUUGAAAGUGAUUCUGUGGCAAGGCACUGGUGUGUUAUGAGUAUGGAGGAUCUUUUAACAAAUCCGAAUUACACUGUGUGUGUGCGGAAAGUGAGCAGCGAGCCUGAGGAGGAACGCACAGGGUGUGCCUAUGUGAGCAUUGCGGAGAACAUAAAACCACCUCCACCUUUUAACCUUGGACUAACAAGUGACGACAAGGGUUUCAAUAUCUCCUGGGAGAUGAUCUACACUGAGGAGGACUUGCUGAACGAUGAGCUGGAAUACGAGGUCCGCUACAAGAAGAAGGAGCAAUCGUGGGAGAGCCAAACUAAAAAACAUAUAGAGGAGGACCAGAGAAACAUAUUCCUUCCGUUUGACAAACUGGAGGACUGUGCGAUGUAUGUUGCUGAAGCCCGGGCCGGACCCAAACAAAGCAACGGCUAUAGUGGUUCCUGGAGCGAGUGGAGUCUGCCGGUCACUUGGAAGACUCAGUGUAAAGGCAGGCUGCGGUACGAGAUCUACACAGUGUUGGCUGUGUUGGUGCUGCUGCUUGCAGUGGGGCUCUCAGUCGGAAUUAGAACAAAAAGGCUGCAGAAGAAGCUGUGUUGCCUCAUCCCCAGCCCGGAGGAUUUCUUCAAGCCACUCUAUGUUCUCCACUCAGGGGACUUCAAGAGCUGGGUCGGCCCUGCCUACACAUUCUCAGCGUUCGACUUUGCUGAGAACACGGCAGUUCCUGUCGUGAACGUCCAGCAGGACUUCCGGAAGAAGCUGUGCGAGAUUGAGGGGGAGAGCUCAGGCAAGCACUCGGAGGAACAGGGCAGGAGCAGGGACUCCAAACUCUAUUUCUCCAGUGGAAGCGUCACCACUGACCAGAGGGACAAAUCUACGGGCCACGUUUCCAUCGACACGGUUACGGUCUCCGACGAAGAUGGGCUGUGCUGUCCUCAGUAUCAUGAGUCUGAACAGGAAGCCUACAGGGCUGGCCGGGGUAGUGACAUCAGCUUGGACUACCCAUCUGCUGGGGAUCUAGACAGCUCCAGCAGCUCCGAGGAGGACAGUCUGCUGGGCAGCAGGAGGGGCGGCGUGGUCAUCUCGUCCGGCUGCUUGUCAGUGGAUCAAGGGAGAAGCCACGAGGCAAUGAACUCAAUGCAGUCGCCAACUCUUGGGCAGCUCUUUCACUCCCAUGAUUGGGAGCCCGAGCCUGGAAACCUGUACCCUCAGCGCGACGCGGAGAGACUCUCGCUUGAUUCUUUUGCCUCCAACGUUCGAUCCGAAGAGGAGUACGGGUAUCCAAGAAUAGACCUGGACACUAUUGACAGUGGGUUCGUGGAAUCGGACUGCAGCAGUCCAGUGGAGUCCAAUUUUGACAGCAAAGGCCAAGUGAAUUGUCCCAUUCUAAGUGACGAAGACCACUCAACGAACUAUGUGAAACAGUGGGUUGCGUACGCAGCCGCGACAUCAGAUGAAGGCUGUUCCUCCAGUUAAAGCAGGACAAUAAUCUUUCAUUUUCAUAACAGCAUCUUGUGGUGAGGAGAUUGCAAUGGCCCUGCUCUUGAAUUGUCUCUGGUGGUCCUGUUUCUGAACACGGUGGUUCAUGGUGUAUUAGUGACAGUAAAUAGGUCACAGACAAAUUACAAAUACUACCUUGAACUUGAGUUUUUUAUUUGAUCACACUUGGAUUGUAUUGCCAUGGUCAUGAACUUGAACCAUGGACUAACCAUGGGCAGAAUUACCGUAAGAGAGCAGUGAAGACUAUUGAUACCCUAGAAUGACUCUGCCUGACCAUAAAAACAAAGAGCAUCAUGCUCUGGGUAUUAUAAUGAUCAGUACUGUCUGCCGUAUGUGCCAGCUGUAGGCAGUUAAGAAAAAUAGCAUUGUUUGUCAGAUUUACUUUAUGAACAACAUACUUAUUACUUAGUCUUACAAAAAAUCACACAAGUUUACAGGAGUAUAAAAUUAAGAAGCGAAUGAGUGCUAGGCUUUCUGACUCAACAGCAUACAAUGCAUUACAUGUAAUCUGGUGUCUCUGUAUAGCCUGUAUUUAUAAAUAUUGUUUUCUAUGGUACAUUUUCACAGUAAAUUAAUAUUGUUACUGCUAUACAUUUACCAAGCUCUACAUUACAACCCUUUGCUUUACCAGUCCUUUACUGUAUUUUACUACACUUUCAAAUGCAUUUACCUUGGUACUGUAUAUACUGUAGUAAACUUUUAAAUGGCUAGUAACAGCCAUUACUGCAAUUUUAACUUGUUUUGUGGACAUUAAUAUAGGUUCUGCAGCAGUUAAUGUAUACUGACAUAAACAAACUUUUAUAUUACACUAGAAGAAAAGCUGUCAUGCAGUAGCUGUCCACCAGUGAAUGAUUCUGCAAGGUCAGCUUGACUAUUGACACUUUGGCAUGUAACUGUUUGUUUAGAAAGCUCUAGACAGUUGUAGUGUUCAGUUGUAGUUGUAAUGUCAGAUAUAGUGUAUCCUUUGCAUUCAAAACACAUACAUUUGAUCAGAUUUGAAUUGCAAAAUACUGACUUCAUUUUUGUUUUUCCGUCCCAUAUAUCUGCUAUGGAAUGUUGAUAAUAAUGUAUAUUAUGAGUUAUGAAUGUACUGUAUACUUCACUUUUGUUUUAAGAAAUACCCUUUUGGCCUACCAUAUUAAUGGUAAGCAACGUCUUCUCAUUUGUAUAAUGUCAAUAAAAGUGGAAUGGAGAUAAUA